AUGCUUAACUUCCUGAAUGCGCCGAUUAUGAUAUCUUUGCUGAGUGCUUUGAUCGGCUCUCUAGUCCUUUACUACCUCAACACAAAUAUCUCAGAGCGAGUUCUAAACAACUUCCAAGCCAGCGAGACAUGGAUCCCAGAGAAUGAGCUAGUCCUCUUGACCGGAGGCAGUGGUUGCAUCGGCAGACAAAUAAUGGAAGAUCUUUCUCGCAAGAAAGUACGCGUUGUGAUCCUCGAUAUCAACCGGCCUACCUUUGAGCUUCCAGAAAACGUCACAUUUUAUCAAACAGAUAUAACAUCGGCCCGAUCUCUUUCCGAAACGGGAGCUGCUAUUCGAAAGUCACACGGAGAGCCGACUGUCAUUGUGAACAAUGCUGCUGUUUUCUACCAUGGUACUAUUCUCGAAAUGCCAGAGGAGAAAUUGCGUCAGACAUUCGAUGUCAACAUCAUCUCUCAUUUCCUCAUCAUGAAAGAAUUCCUUCCAUUUAUGAUCCGUAUGAACCGUGGCCAUAUCAUUACAGUAGCGAGCAUUGCGAGCUUUGUUACUCUAGGCGAGAUGGUGGACUAUGCUUGUUCUAAGGCCGGCGCGCUCGCUUUCCAGGAAGGCCUUCGGCAAGAGUUGAAAUAUUGGUACAAGGCUCCAAAUGUGCGGACGAGUACCGUUCACCCCCUUUGGGUUCAGACGCCCAUGAUCGAAGGCUUCACUAAACAUAAAGCUGAUUUCAAUCAACCACUCCUGGAUCCAAAGAACGUUGCCCAGGUAGUGGUGGAACAUAUUGUCACUCGGAAGAGUGGGCAAAGCAUCGUGCCUAGACAUUCCUCGGUGAUCGGGUCGCUCAGGGCCUUGCCACUAUGGCUACAAGAGGCAAUACGAUCAUACUUUUCGAGAAUUGUCCUGCGAGUGAGGACUAAGCGGGUCGCUGAUAAAAACCCUGGCUCGUGUGUUCCUUAA